GCUGCGUAAGCGCGCGCGAUGUCGUCAAGUGCCAACGGUCACUCUGUGGGUUUUUAGCCUCUUUAGCUUCCCCUGCUCGCAGUCACACCCAGUGUGUAACCGAAGCGGAAAGAUGUUGUGUCCAUGCUGCUGAGCGGCUGAUUUUUGGUUCGACAUGGAGGGUUUACCUCCUGACAGCGACAGGAUGGAGGCUUGGCUCGACGACCACCUGGACUUCGCUCACUCGUACUUCGUGCGAAAAGCGACCCGGGAAAUGGUCAAUGCUUGGUUCGCUGAGCGUGUGCACUCCAUCCAGCCAUCCCGUGAAGUGUCCAAAACACAUACAGACGGCUCGAAAAACCUUCUGGAGCCAAGUGCCCUGACGGCUUCAGGCUCCACAGAGACGUCUUCUCCCAGUCCGGUUCCUUCUACACCCACACGCAAGAUUUCUGCGUCUGAGUUUGAUCGGCCGUUACGGCCUAUCGUAGUGAAGGACGCAGAGGGCUCGCUCACCUUCCUUAGCGACGCUGAACGAGUGCCCAUGCCACCUCCAUCUCCUUCGCACAAAUUGGAGCAGACAGGAGGGGACCGGUGCGCCCGUCUUCUUGAGCUUGUGCGUGAUGUGUCCAGCCAUUUAGACCUGACAACACUCUGCCACCGCAUCUUUUUACACACACAUGAGUUAAUCGCUGCUGACCGAUACUCGCUGUUCUUGGUGUGUGAGGAUAGCUCCAAUCAAAAGUUCCUGGUUAGCCGGCUGUUUGAUGUUGCUGAAGGCUCCACACUCGAGGAAGCAUCCAACAGUGGCAUCCGCCUGGAGUGGAACAAAGGCAUUGUGGGAUAUGUGGCAGCCACAGGCCAGCCGCUGAACAUUAAGAAUGCCUAUGAGGAUCCUCGAUUCAAUGCCGAGGUGGACCAGAUCACAGGCUACAAGACCCAGAGCAUCCUGUGUAUGCCCAUAAAAAAUCACAGAGAUGAGGUUGUUGGUGUGGCACAAGCCAUCAAUAAGAGGUGUGGAGAGAACAGCACCUUCACAGAGCAAGAUGAGAAGGAUUUUUCCUCCUACUUGGCUUUCUCUGGGAUUGUUCUACACAACGCACAACUCUAUGAGACAUCACAGCUUGAAAACAGGAGGAACCAGGUGUUGUUAGAUCUUGCCAGUCUUAUUUUUGAAGAACAGCAUUCUUUGGAAGUCCUGCUGAGGAAGAUCGCAGCUACCGUCCUGUCUUUCAUGCAGGCUCAGGAAUGCACUAUAUUCAUUUCUGAUGAAACAUCUAAUGCCUUCUCCAGUGUGUUCCAUAUGGAGUAUGAAGAGCUGGCUGGAUCUGUGGAUUACCCUAACAGAGACAGUGACGUAAGUAAGAUCAACUACAUGUAUGCUCAGUAUGUGAAGAACACCAUGGAGCCGCUGAACAUUCCUGAUGUUGCAAACUUGAUGUCUGAUCAGCAGUUUCCUUGGACAAGUGAGAACCCAGACUCCCCAACCUACCACGUAAAGAGUUUGUUGUGCACACCAAUAAGAAAUGGAAAGAAGGAUAAAGUUAUAGGGGUUUGCCAGUUGGUUAACAAGAUGGAUGAAGCGUCAGGUGAGGUAAAGGCUUUCAAUCGGAACGAUGAGCAGUUUCUAGAGGCCUUUGCCAUCUUUUGUGGGCUCGGCAUCCAGAACACUCAGAUGUACGAGACUGUGGAGAGGGCCAUGGCCAAGCAGGAAGUCACCCUUGAGGUUCUCUCUUAUCAUGCCUCCGCUGGGGAGGAGGAGACACGGGCGCUCGAGGUAACUGCGGCAGCCACUGUUCCCUCAGCUCAGUCUCUGAGGCUACUAGACUUCAGCUUCAGUGACUUUGACCUGACCGAUGCUGAGACCACCCAAGCUACUAUCCGCAUGUUUGUGGACCUCAAGCUUGUGCAGAACUUUCAGAUGAAGUACAAGAGCCUGUGCCAAUGGAUCCUAAGUGUGAAGAAGAACUACAGAAAGAACGUGGCCUACCAUAACUGGCGGCACGCCUUCAACACGUCUCAGUGCAUGUUUGCCAUACUUAAAUCAGGCAGGUUACAGAACAAUCUAAAUGAUAUGGAGAUAUUGGCCCUGAUGAUUGCGACUCUGUGUCAUGAUUUGGACCAUAGAGGUGUCAACAACUCAUAUAUUAAGAGGAGUGACCACCCUCUAGCCCAGCUCUACUGCCACUCCAUUAUGGAGCAUCACCACUUUGACCAGUGCCUCAUGAUCCUCACCAGUCAAGGAAGUCAAAUUCUAGGCGGCCUUUCAGUGGAAGAAUAUAAGACUACACUGAAGAUGAUUGAAAAAGCUAUUUUGGCUACUGACCUCGCCCUCUACAUGAAGAAACGGACAGAGUUUUUUGAACUAGCAAAGAACAACCAGUUUUUUUGGGAGGAGGAUAAUCACAGAGACUUGCUAAGGUGUAUGCUGAUGACUGCAUGUGAUAUAUCUGCCAUUACCAAACCCUGGCCUGUACAAAAGAGGAUAGCCGAGCUCGUUGCCACAGAAUUCUUUGAGCAAGGGGACAAGGAAAGAGAAGAGCUGAACAUUGAACCUAUUGAUCUAAUGAACAGAGAGAAGCGUGAUAAGAUCCCCAGCAUGCAAGUGUCUUUCAUCGAUGCCAUUUGCACACAGUUGUAUGAGACACUGGCCAAUAUGUCAGAUUUCUGCUCCCCCCUACUGGAAGGCUGCAGGAAGAACAGGCAGAAUUGGAAGCUGCUUGCUGAACAGGCUGAGGAGGCGAGCUUAGUAAUUGGAGGACUUUAAACGGCUCAUCCCAGUCAGCACAAGAUCUAAAGUCUACCCCCUUCCCUUACCCUUACAUCCUUCUUCAUACCACACACUGAAGUUGUAAGCAAUUAAUAAUUUUUAGUCAUGAGUCGUGCUAUGAAGUGUUCACCAACCACUAUGAAAUGAAUUGUAAUUUUAUCUUUUGGGAUGUAGCUGAAUCAUAUUGGUUCCAUGUAGCUUGGGAGAUAAGGGGACGUAACGCUAAAGCAAUAUGGUCUAAAGUACAGUCACUUAUAUGUGUAAGUUACUUUUUAAAAAAUCACAGGUUUUCUUGUUAAGAGGAGUGAUGAGAGUUGUGCUUGAUGUUUAUAUUAGCUUCGGAAGUUAAUAGGUUCUAGUUAAUAGGUCUAGUCACUGAAACUUGUGCUUUCAGCAAUGAGUCUAAUUGGGCUUUUAACAUUAGCAAAUGCUUCAUUCUAAAGUCACUGAUUCGCUAUUAUCUAUUUAUAAAAUAUCUAUUACUUGCUUGGACCUUUUCAGGUAAUCUUAAAGUAAAGGAGAUGUUGGGGGGGGGGGGGGUGUAAUAACCUUUUUAUAGUCACUCCAAACCCUGCAUAGCGUCUAUGCGAGGACGUGUACAAGAUGUUUUAUUUAUUGUUUUAGUCCCAUGUCAGGGUUUUUCUGUAGAUCAGUCACUGAACAGAGGCACAAAAGGAAAUAAUUUAUUCAUCACUACAGUGCACCAUACAGUUAAGUUAAUAUAAUUAACUUCUAAGGAACACACCCACUGCGGAUAUGAAGAAGAAUGUCAUUUUGUUCCACAUCGUGUUUGUUUUCACCUGUCUUUUGUAUAUUUAUUAACUUUAUAUUAUGUUGUGAGAACUUGGCUACUUGACCUGUAAGUCUUGCAUAAAAGUAAGUAAGGAAAAAAAGAUAUAUUUAAUUGUUCACAAAUGAUCAUUUCCUUUUUUGGAGUUUUUAUAUGUAAUGGGAAUACAACUAGCAAACAUGUACUUGUUGCUGAAACUAAAGCAUUUGAUUGUAAUUUGGUUUAAUUAUCUUUUCAGAAAGCCCAUUGCAUCGUUACCAGAAACCUAAAUAGAAAGCCUUAUUCCAUCUAUUCCAUAGAUUUAUCUGUCUCAAGAACAUACAUUUUACUACCUGCCAUCAUUACAAAACAUGUUUAGUGUUAUACAUGGUGAAUGUGACUGCUUUUGGUUGGUAUUGGCUGUGUAAAGUUUCCUCAUUCCCCAAAACUUUUACUCUUGACUGACUGACCUGGUCAACUAAUUAUGCCAAUAUUGUGUAUGUUAAAGUAAUCAGCAUUGACUAAUAAGCCUGCAAGCAUAAACAAUUAAUAAAAGUGCUUGUGCUCCUUAAUUUUUCUAACUGCCAAUAGUGCCUUCAAUACCCAAUGAAUGCCACAGAGAAAGCUAUAGCAUUUUAACUAAAGACCUUAAGAAUAAAUGGUUGGUAAUCAGUGAUUAGUGGAGGAAUCUUUCAUAACAGCAAUCAGUAAAACCAACUUCACAAUUAUAUGUAUGAUGGACAGAUGUCCACGUCGGCCAUAACAUUAAAACCACCAACAGGUGAAGUGAAUAACAUUAAUUAUCUUGCUGCAGUGGCACCUGUCAAAGGGUGCAAUACCGUAAGCAGCAAGUGAGUUCUUAUAGCUUAUGUCUUGGAAGUAGGAAAAAUGGGUGAGCGUAAGGAUCAACAGGUCUUUUAUAAGUGCCAAAUUGUGAUGGCUAGAUGACUGCCAGAAGUGACCCAAGGAAAGACAACCGGUGAACUGGUGACAGGGUGAUGCAUGCCUACAGCUCACUGAUCUGUCUGUGGAGCAAAUGGCUGCUAAAUGUUUCAUUACACUGUCGCCAAAAUCAUGUUCCUUUUUUUAUUAUUAUUGUUUUAAUUGUAUAUUCUAUUUCCAUGUGAGGUGGUAAAAUGUUGCCAUUCUUCUAUAAUCCAACAGGUGGUGCACUCUAUCUAAUCUAUUCCCAUAUUGCAUAUUGUGUGGUCGGAGCAAAUUAUUGGCUUAGUUUCUUUAGAAUUGAAACAAAG